AUGCCGCCGGCGAAAGUGACCUUCAAAGUCUCGGGGGGAACCCAGUUCGUUCUCGAGCUGGAACCUGAGUGGACAGUCAAGCAGGUCAAGGAAAAGUGCGCUACCCAAACAGAAAUCCCCGUCCAGGCUCAGCGCCUCAUCUACAAAGGACGGAUCCUUAAGGACGACGAUCUAAUUUCUACGCACGACGUGCAAGACGGACACAUCAUCCACUUGGUCAAAAGCGCAGCUGCAGUUGCGGCGUCUUCCAACACUGCGCCUGCCGCCGGAGCAACGUCUGCCGCACAACCCAGUCCUGAUGCGUCCGGUACGAACGGCUCUUUGGGUGGGACGUCUCGGACAGCGUCCAGUCUUGCUGCACGGACAGCCAGCACGAACGCCAGCCCUGCCGAGUCGGCUCCGCCUCUUUCGAAUCCGACUGCCGACCCUUUCUUGCAGAUGUUCAUGCAGGGAGGCAUGGGGGCAGGCAUGCCUGGAGGCGGCAUGCCCGGCGCGCAAGACGGCACGGCGGGGAUGCCUGGACUUCCGCCGGACAUGAACCCGGACACGCUCAUGCAGUUGAUGCAAAGCCCUCUGUUACAGCAAACCAUGCAGAACUUGUCUCAGAAUCCCCAGAUGUUGCGAGCAAUGAUGGAAAGCAAUCCCAUGCUACGGCAGAUGAUGCCGAUGAUGCAAAACGUCUUGGACAAUCCCGAGCUGCUGCGAACUUUCUUCAACCCCCAGAUGAUGCAGGCGUCGCUUCAAAUGCAACAGGCGAUGCAAAAUAUGCAGCGUGCGCAGCAGGGCGCCGGACAAGGCGACGGUUCCUCAGGAGCGACUGCAAGUCCCGGCGCAGGACUGGGCGCAGCCUUCGGCGGAAUGCCUGGAGCAGCCGGACAGCCCAACCUGAUGGCGAUGAUGCAACAAGCACAGCAGAUGCUGCAACAGAAUCCCGAACUCAUGAGUCAAAUGAUGAACGCCUUCGGGAACGGCGGAAUGUCUGGAAUGCCUGGCGCCAACCCCUUCAUGGGAAGUUUCGGAAGCAUGGGGAGUUUUGGAGGCAUGCCGAACUCUGCCCCAGAUGCACAGCCGCCAGAGGAAAGGUAUGCGAGGCAGCUGGAGUCCCUGAGAGAAAUGGGUUUUAUUGACAGAGACGCAAACAUCCAGGCGCUGCAGGAGACAGGCGGAGACGUGAACGCCGCCAUUAGUCGUCUUCUCGAGCGGGGAAUUGGCAACUAG